GGGCGUGGUCUUUGCCGAACGAGAAGUAAACACUAGACGAACCUACUUCAAUUUAUUAAUUUUUAGAAGAACUCCCUGGAAAUCUUGCAGAUUUUUAAAUAGUAUGGAAGCUUCUGCUCUGAGAAAUUUUAAGGACUUCCUGCAGCUCUACAACCUGGUUUCGGAAACGUGUUUUAACAAUUGCGUCACUUCCCUGCACUCGAGGGAUUUGCAAACCGACGAGAUCAGCUGCGUGGAGCGUUGCUGCGGAAAAUUUGUCAAGACGAACCACGCGAUCAUGGCGACCUUUGUCGAGAUUCAGCCGAUCAUCGUGAACCGCCGGAUCGAGGAAAUGAACGCGGCCAAUGCCCUUCUCCAGCAGCAACAACCCCAGCAACAAUAG